AUGCAUGGGCGCACGCCGUCUCCUCGCUAUAGGGAAGACUCGCGUGUCGACAACCGUGGUCUGCGCCCAGCUGAGCCUCCCCAGCCUGCCCGUUCCCAUUCCCCAAGGCGCUCUGCUCCCGUACGACGGACUUCAGUAGAACCGGCUCCACCUCGCUCUCCCCCUUCUACAAGGCCGAUUACCCCUGGUGCCCCUCAUCCACAGCACGAGCCUCCAACGAACAACGUUCUUCCCAUCCCGACUCCUACCCAGACACGCCCACCCUCGCCCAAGCCUCAGCCAGCCAAGCCAGUCAAACGCACGCCUAAACAUCGCACGGCGCAGGAAGAGUUCGCCGCUUAUGGGCGUACCUUUGUCGGCUGUUCGCGCUUAGCCGCCUACGAGUUGCUGAACAAGCUCGGAGAAGGCACAUUCGGGGAGGUGCAUAAAGCUCGCAGUCAUGUGACCGGGCAGUUGGUAGCCCUCAAGAGGAUCUUGAUGCAUGAGGAGAGGGAGGGGUUGCCGAUUACGGCGUUGAGGGAGGCGAAGCUGCUCAAAAGGCUAAAGCACCCGCAUGUGGUAUCGGUGGUAGAUAUGGUGGUGACAAAAACCACGAAAGAAUCAAAAGGGGAUAUCUACAUGGUCUUCCCUUAUAUGGACCAUGAUCUUGCCGGAUUACUGGAAAACAAGUCCGCGCGACUCACGACUCCCCAGAUCAAGCUCUAUAUGCAACAGCUGGUGGAAGGGACGGACUACCUGCAUCGGAACAACAUCCUUCAUCGGGAUAUGAAAGCUGCCAACUUGCUCAUCUCCAACUCUGGCGUGCUCCAGAUCGCAGAUUUCGGACUCGCAAGGCCUGGUUAUAGCAGGCUAGGCGACGACGGUAUCGACUUGCGGAAGAACAGAUAUACCAACUGUGUCGUUACGCGCUGGUAUCGCCCGCCUGAGCUUCUCUUGGGCGAGACACACUACGGGUUUGCGAUCGACAUGUGGGGUGUAGGGUGUAUCAUGGGCGAGAUGUGGAUUCGCAGGCCGAUGUUUUGCGGCUCUUCUGAUCUAAACCAGCUGGAGAAGAUCUGGUCCCUUUGCGGUACUCCGACUGAAGAUACCAUGCCCGGGUGGAGCUUGCUUCCUGGUUGUGAAGGAGUGAAGACUUGGCCUAGGCAGGAAAGGACGGUCAAGCAGCAUUUUGAGAUACAUGGACGGGAUACCGCCGAUUUGCUCGAUAAGAUGCUCCUUCUUGACCCUGUUCGACGGAUCACUGCGGCCCAGGCUCUGGACCACGAGUGGUUCUGGACUGAUCCUCUUCCUGCUGAUCCCAAGACCUUGAUGCAAUAUGAGCCGUCUCACGAGUAUGACAAGAGGAAGGCGCAGAUCGAAGAAGACAAACGGCGCAAGGCGUGGCAGGCUGCGCAGGCUAAGCCAGGGGGACCGUCUCAACAACUUAACCAUCAUCAUCAACCACCUCCGAACCAUUACCGUCCUGAGAGUUAUCGUGAUGCAGUACGAGGCCCACCCAGAGGGAACAAAUUUGGUGGUCCGCCUCCACCAGGUGGACGUGGGCAUCCGUCAAGGCCGGGCUACAACGGUGAUCACUUUCGGCGUGGGCCACCGCCUGACAGACGCCCCGACAACCGCUCUCGUCCACCGCCUCGUGACGAAUCUUUACCAUAUGGGUAA